UCUAGAAGCUUGUUGCGGUGGCGUGGGUCAUGGCUGCGGGUCCUGACGCAGUUUCUGCAAGACCAUAAAGUGGAUCCUUGGAACACUUGAUAUUUUGCUGGAGAGUGCCUUUUGGUGGCCUGUGUUGACACUCAAAGUCUAAAGGGGACUGAAUUCCUCCUGGUGAUACACAUUGCAAGCUGGAGUAGCCUGAACGAGAUGACAGCCAUCUCCCCAGAUCCUCACACUUUUGUCUCAAGUGAACAAAACAGGGUGCUAAGAAUGGAGACCCCUGGGGAUCAAGAAGCUCUCCUAAGAGGAGACGCUGCUGACCCAGAGUUUUUCAGACAGAGGUUCAGGUGGUUUUGUUACUCCGAAGAGGCUGGACCCAGAAAAGCCCUGAAUCAACUGUGGGAGCUCUGCAUUCAGUGGCUGAGACCAGACAUCCACACGAAACAACAGAUUCUCGAGCUUUUGGUGUUUGAGCAAUUCCUGACUGUUUUGCCAGGGGAGAUCAGGAUUUGGGUCAGGUCACAACAUCCUGGGAGUAGCGAGGAAGUGGUGACCCUAGUGGAGGAGUUGACCCAAGUGCUUGAAGAAAAAGAAGAUAUGAUCUCUCAAGAUUCUGUUAUUUCCCAAGAGGAGAACCCUGAAGAAGAUAAAACAGUUUCUGUUCCACCAAAUACUGAGUCCCAGGAAUCCAUGACACUCAAGGAUGUAGCUGUGACCUUUUCCAGAGGAGAGUGGAGGACGCUGGAGCCUUCUCAGAAGGAGAUAUAUAAGGAAGUGCUGCUGGAGAACUAUAGGAACCUAGAAUUUCUGGGCUUUCCAGUUUCCAAGUUAGAUUUGAUUUCCCAGCUAAAGUGGGCUGGACUACCAUGGCUGCUGCAAAAACAAGCCUCAAGAGGCUCCAGACCAGAGUGUGAACUUAGCGGUGAAUUGAAGGAAUCUGGCGGAAAUCAAGAUGUUCUUAUGGAAGAAUCAACUUUAGAUAAAAUAAUAGAAAGGUAUCUAAUGAGUGGUGAUUGUGACUUGACAGGAGAAUCCUGGAAACAUUAUGGCAGACUAGAGGAGUGUCAUAGUGAUAGGGAAUAUUCACAAGUAGCCAUCACACAAAAGAAAACUCAUGGGAGAGGCAAUAAGGGUGAGGAAUUUGACUCAGAAAAGAGCCCUUUUGGAAAUAACUUCAAACCACCUUCAGACCUAAUUAAACAUCUCAGAGUCUACUUAAGGAAGAAAUCUCGGAGGUACAACGAAGGCAAGAAACCCUUCAGUUUUCAUUCAGACCUUGUCCCGAACCGCAAGGAACACAGUGGAGAAAAGCCACGAAAAUGUAAUGAAGGCAGGAAAGCCUUAAGUCACUCUUCAUCUCUGACUGAACAUCAGAAACAUCAGAAAAUCCAUUUGGGAGAAAAGUCCCAGAAGUGCAGUAACUGUGGGGUAGCCUUUACUCAAAACUCAUCCCUUAGUAAGAGAAAAAACUCCUCUACAUGUGAAAAAUGUUGGAAAGAUUUAGGUCAAGAUGCAGCCAUAGAUAAAGAUGAGGGAACUGAGACUGGAGAAAAAACCCAUAAAUGCAGCAAAUGUGGAAAAGCCUUUGGCUAUAGCGCCUCACUGACCAAACAUAGGAGAAUUCACACUGGGGAGAAACCCUAUAUGUGCAAUGAGUGUGGAAAAGCCUUCAGUGACAGCUCAUCACUCACACCACACCACCGAACCCACAGUGGAGAAAAGCCCUUCAAGUGUGAUGAUUGUGGAAAAUCUUUCACCCUGAGUGCUCACCUCAUUAAACAUCAGAGAGUUCACACUGGAGAGAAACCCUAUAAAUGUAAAGAAUGUGGGAGGCCCUUCAGUGACAGUUCAUCUCUUAUUCAGCAUCAGCGAAUUCAUACUGGAGAAAAACCCUACACGUGUAACAACUGUGGAAAAUCCUUCAGUCAUAGCUCAUCCCUUUCCAAACAUCAGAGAAUUCAUACCGGAGAGAAACCCUAUAAGUGUGGUGAGUGUGGGAAAGCCUUCAGACAGAAUUCUUGCCUUACCCGACAUCAGAGGAUUCAUACUGGAGAAAAGCCGUAUUUGUGUAAUGAUUGCGGGAUGACUUUUAGCCAUUUUACAUCUGUGAUUUAUCAUCAGAGACUUCAUUCAGGAGAAAAACCUUACAAGUGUACUCAGUGUGAGAAAGCCUUCCCUACCCAUUCGCUCCUUAGCCGUCAUCAGAGAAUUCAUACGGGCGUCAAGCCUUAUAAAUGUAAGGACUGUGGAAAAUCCUUCAGUCAGAGUUCAUCUCUUAACGAACAUCAUCGAAUUCAUACUGGAGAGAAACCCUAUGAAUGUAACUACUGUGGAGCAACCUUUAGUCGAAGCUCAAUCCUUGUAGAACACCUGAAAAUUCAUACCGGAAGGAGAGAAUACGAAUGCAAAGAAUGCGAGAAGACGUUCAAAAGUAAUUCUGGCCUCAUCAGGCAUCGGGGAUUUCAUUCUGCAGAGUAAUUCUUGGAAAUAUAGUAAGGUGGGGGGUGGGAUUUAGUCACAAUUGGCCCUUAUCAAAAACGUGGGGUGUAAACUACCACAACAUUGAUUAGUAGGAAAUUUAGUCACAAUUGUCCCUUACUAAAAACCGGGGGUGUAAACUACCACAGCAUUGGUUAGUAGGAAAUUUAGUCACAUGAGUCCCUCAUUAAAAACCUGGGGUGUAAACUGCUGCAGCAUUGAUUAGUAGCUGCAACUUUGAUGGGUUGGCAGCUAGGAAAAAGGUACUUUUUGUCAUUCAUCCCUCUUUGCAAGGAUGUCAACUUUCAGUAGAUAGUGAUUUGGGUUGGUAAAGUCACAUGAAAAGAAAGUAGUAGUAUGAGAUGUGAAAUGAUUCUGCAAAGCCAAAUGUGAAUUUAAAAAGCAGGAGAGGGGUGCACAGGGCCCAUCUUACUAACCUCUUAAGAUUUUCUUCUCUCCUAGCUUCUGCUUUCACUACCAUGUAGUUUUAUAGAAAGAGGACCUGACUGUAGUCAGGUAAUCUGGGUUCUGUCCCAGUUUGCUGACCAACUUCCAACAAAUCAUUUGACCUGUCUGAAUUUUAGUUUCUUUACUGGUAAAGUGAAGGGCUGGGACUAAUGAUUUCUGAGGUUUCUUUCUUUGGUACUUCUGGUACUUUCUGAAGCUGUGGGAAUAAGUUAAACAUUUUUGAUUCUUUGGCAUUUUCAAGUUUCCCUAGUAGAAAAUAACUCAUUUAAGCUACUGAACUUCUGGCUUAGUGACAACGCAGUAUGCUUUUUGAAUACUUGUUGCCAGAAUUGCUCAAAUGCUGUGCACAGGAACAAGUCAGUAGAGCUCAAACAAGUUUGCCUUCAGGGAUUGGACAAAGCACCGCAACCUGUUUUUCCUCUAGACUUUGGCCGUGGGGAUUGGGAAUCUCUGUGGCAUGCUCCUGGGCCGUCUCAGCCAUGAGAGUAACAGUCCUAGGAAAAUAGGUGAGGGGUUGGGGGGGGUAAACGGGUACUGAAAACAGCUAUUUUGGAUGGAUUGUCUUUUGCAAAAUAGAAUUCUAUUUUUUAAAAAGUUUGCCUAUACUAAGUACAGCUUCUUGUAAUCUAUAAGUGCAAACAUUCUGUAUGGCAAAGGUCACAAGCUAAGAUUGGGCCCUUUUACAUGUUUUAGUUGGCCUGUAUGGUAAGGUGGUUUUGUGUGUGUGUGUGUGUGUGUGUGUAAUUAGUUGUCAUCAUUUAAAAAUUAGGAAAUUUCAUACCCACCAAAAAAGAGUCUUGUUUUGAAAAAUUAUAAGGGCUGACAGUACUGGGCCCAUAUUUCAGUGGGGCAGUCAGCUGGUUUCGGGUGUCAGCUUUUUUCGGGUAGCAGCUGCUACCAUUAGAUGGGGAAUCUAUUCUCAUAGUUGCAAAGUUAUUUAUGUAGCUUGACUUGCCCACCAUAGGAAACUGAUAUUAUGAUCCCCUACCAUCUGGAGAAUACAUAUCCUAAAAUCUAAAGGGACUCCACUGAUAGUAAAAUUCAAGAAAAGAAUGUAGAAACGAUACAGAAUAAAUUUUCAGUUUUCUGUUAUGAAAUUAAGACUUCACAGGAAUAGACUAUACAGAUGUUAGUGGGUUGUGUCUUAUGGAUGUCAGUGGUGGAGUCAAUAAUAAUUUCUAACUGUGAAAAAGGAACUGAAAACCCUGGGUCGGUUAGGUUUGGGUCUCAGGUCAUAGGGUUCUAGAGGAGCCCCACUGACUCAGCAGUGGUGCAAAGUUAGUUCCUAAAGUUGAAAUUUGAGGCAGCUCCCAUAGAAAGAGAAUGAAACGGGUAAACUUUCGGCUUCCGGAAGUGAAGAGAUGCUUAAUGCUCAUCUGAGAUUCAGCAAUAUUUGCUGUGAUUUAAUGGGUUUAGUUUGCAAUGCUACUUCUGGAUGAUGUUUUUGGUUUCUUCCUUGUGCACCACCCCACAGUAGUUCAGGUGUUGCUGUGGGGUAAAUUAGUCUGUAGUUAUUGCUAAGUGGACCAGCCGGAGACAUUCUAGUCAUGAAAGGAAUAUGGCUUAUCAGAAUUAUUCACCCUGGCUUAAGUUUUUUUCUGAAAGGAUAGAAACCUUGGUUUUUUUUUUUUUCUGGAAAGAUAUAAUCUAUAGAGAGAAUUAAAUACGUAAAAAUCUUGAGAAGAGGCUUGUUCCAGGAUGUUUACUUGUUACAUUCCCCAGCAUUCAUAAGAGGAAGUUUUAUAUAAAUACCAGUUGGGAAUCUGGAACAUAACCCCCCCCCUUUUUCUUUACUGUUAUUGAGGUAUAAAUUAUAUAUUGUAAAAGUCAUUCAAAUGUAUAAUUCAGUGAGUUUUAGCCAACUCACUGAGUUGUAUAGUUGGUGCCACAAUCUGAUUUUAGAACAUUUUAUCAUCUUGAUAAGAUCCCUCACACCCAUUUAGAGUAAUCCCAUCCCCACCCUGAUCCUAGGCAACCACUGAUCAGUCUACUGUCUGUCUCCUUAGAGUUGCUUUUUCUGGACAUAUUAUUUAAAUGUAAUCAUAUGUGGUCAUCUUUAGAUUUUCAUUAACUUGUUUCUGAGUUCAUCCGUGUGGUUUUCUGAAUUCAUCUGUGAGGUAGCAUAUCGGUACUUUAAUCCUUUUUAUUGUCAAAUAUUAUCUGAUUGUAUGGAUGUGCCAUAUUUUGUCCAUUCACCAGUUGAAGGACAUUUGGGUUGUUUCCAUUUUCUGGCUGUGAAAAAUAAUGCUGCUUUGAACAUUAGUGUGCAAGUCUUUGUGUGGACAUAAUGUUUUCAUUUUUCUUAGAUACCUGAGUGGAGUUGCUGGGUUAUAUGGUGAAUUUUAGUUCAACUUUUUAAGAAGUUGCCAAGUUGUUUUCCAAGUGACUAUGUCAUUUUACAUUCUGAACUUGAGUGUAUGAGGGUUCCUGAUGAAGUUACAUCCUCACCAACCCUUGUUAUUGUUUGUAUUUUUUAUUAUAGCCAACCUAGUGAUUGAAGUGGUAUCUCUUUGUGGUUAAUGAUACUGAGAAUCUUUUCAUGUGUUCUUUAGCUAUUGAUGUACCUCCUUUGGUGAAAUGUGUUGUCCACAUGUUAUUUUUAUUAUUAACUUGCAGUUGUUUUUAUUCUACCUAUAAGUCCUUUAUCCAGUAUCAACUUUCUAAAUACCAUGUACUAGCCACAGAAGACAACCUCAAAUCCUGCUGUACAAUAUUCAUGAAAAGUUUGGUUUCAGUACCUCCUUACAUAAAAUUGCCUAAAGGAUAUUUAGUUUGGCCUAUUAUCUAAAUAUUUAAAUUCACUUUUGGGGUUAAGUCAGAUCAUCAAAAGGUUUUAAACUUCUUUGGAUUCCUUAUAGAAUUGCUUUUAUUAACCUGUUUUACUUUAUGCUCUUUAUCUAUGACACAUUUUACUUCAAAAUGAAGAACUUGCAUUUAAAAAUGUUUCCACUUUAUGAGUUUCUAUUGAAGAAAUUUCUUUUCGGUCUCAGGACAAGACAAAGCUUCUCCUGUCAGUUAAUUCACUUUUAUUUACUUAUUUUAGAGUUCCUUUUAAAAUUUAUUUUUUAUUUAUUUUUGGCUGCAUUGGGUCUUUGUUGCUGCACGUGGGCUUUCUCUAGUGUGGCGAGCGGGGGCUACUCUUCGUUGUGGUGCAUGGGCUUCUCAUUGUGGUGGCUUCUCUUGCUGCAGAGCACGGGCUCUAGGCGCACGGGCUUCAGUAGUUGUGGCUUGCAGGCUGUAGAGUGCAGGCUCAGUAGUUGUGGUGCACGGGCUUAGUUGCUCUGCAGCAUGUGGGAUCUUCCCGGACCAGGGCUUGAACCUGUGUCCCCUGCGUUGACGGGUGGAUACUUAACCACUCUGCCACCAGGGAAGUCCCUAGAGUUCUUUUUUAAUGUGGUAGAAUAUACAUAACAUAAAAUUGACCAUUUUAAUUCUUUUUGGCUGUACACUUCAGUGGUAUUAAGUACAUUCACAUUGUUGUGCAAUCAUCCCCACUAUUCAUCUCCAGAACUUUUUUUUUUGGCCACACUGCUUGGCAUGUGGGAUCUUAGUUCCCUGACCAGGGAUUGAACCCAUGUCCCCUAGAGUGGAAGAAUGGAGUCUUAACCACUGGACCACCAGGGAAGUCCCUCCAGAACUUUUCCAUCAUCCCUAAUUGAAACUUAGUCGUUAACCAUUAACUCCCCAUUCUCUCCUCCCCCAAGGCCCUGCUAACCACUCUUUGACUUUUUUUUCAUUCAUCUAUGAUUUUGCCUAUUUUAGGCACUUCGUAUAAAUGGAAUCAUUCAGUACUUGUCCUUUUGUGUCUGGCUUGUUUCACUUAGCAUAAUGUUUUUAAGGUUCAUGUUGUAUCACGCGUCAGAACUUCAUUUUUUUUUCAUUAUUUUAACGCUGAGUAAUAUUGUCAUAAGUAUAUACCACAUGAUUUGUGCAUUCAUUUUUCAAUGGGCGUUUAGGUUAUUGCCAUCAUUUUGUCUCUUGUUAAUAACACUGCUAUGAACAGUGGUGUGCAAAUACUGUUUGAGUCCCUGUGUUCAGUUCUUUGAGAUACAUACCUAGAAGUAGAAUUGCUGGAUGCCCUCAAGGUUCAUCCAUGUCGUGGCGUACAACAGGUUCCUUCUUUUUUAAGGAUGAAUAAUAUUCCAUUGUAUGUAGAUACCACAUUUUCUUUAUCCAUUCAUCCAUCAAUACACAUUUAGGUUGCUUCUAUCUCUUGGCUAUUGUGAAAAAUGCUGCAGUGAACAUGGGUGUGCAAAUGUAUCUUCAAGAUCUGUUUUCAAUCUUCUGUUUAUAUACCCAGAAGUGAGAUUGCUGAAUCAUGAUAAUUCUAUUUUUAAUUUUGUAAGGAACUUCCAUGCUGUUUUCCACUGCAGCUGCACCCAUUUCACAUUCCUAUCAGCAGUGCUCAAAGAGUUCCUGUUUCUCCACGUCCUUGCAGUAGUUAACUAUUUUCUGUGUUUUGAUAGUGGCCAUCCUAACGGGUAUGAGAUGAUAUCUUGUGGUUUUGAUUUGCAUUCCCCCGAUGAUUAGUGAUGUUGAACAUCUUUUCAUAUACUCAUUAAACAUUUCUAUGCCUUCUCUAGAGACAUGUCUGUUAAAGUCCUUGGCGUCUUUUUUAAUGAAAAAUUUCAUUUCUUAUUCCAUUCCUUUUCACUGCUCUGAUUGUUUUCUUUGCUAUGUAGAAGUUUUUGUGUUUGAUGUAGUCCUGUUUGCCUGUUUUUGCUUUGUUUUGCUUGUGUUUUUGGUAUCAUAGGCAAGAAAUCAUUGCCAGAUCCUAUGUCAUGAAGUUUUCCUCCUAUAUUUUCUUUCAGGAGUUUUAUCGCUUCAGGUCUUAAUGUUUAGGCCUUUAAUCCAUUUUGAGUUCAUUUUUGUGUGUGGUAUAAGGGUCCAUCUUCAUUCUUUUGUCUGUGGGUGUCAAGUUUUCCAAGCACCGUUUGUUGAGGAGAUUAUCCUUUCCACAUUGUGUAGUCUUUGUACUCUAGUUGAAAAUCAUUUGGCCAUAUGCACUGGUGUGUUUCUGGGUUCUCUGUUCCAUUGGUCUGUGUGUCUUUAUGCCAGUACCAUGCUGUUUUUUUUUUUUUUUUUUUUUUUUUUUUUUUUGGUAUGCGGGCCUCUCACUGUUGUGGCCUCUCCCGUUGCGGAGCACAGGCUCCGGACGCGCAGGCUCACCGGCCAUGGCUCACGGGCCCAGCCGCUCCGCGGCACGUGGGAUCCUCCCGGACCUGGGCACGAACCCGUGUGCCCUGCAUCGGCAGGCGGACUCUCAACCACUGUGCCACCAGGGAAGCCCCAUGCUGUUUUAAUUACUGUAGCUUUGUAGUAUGUUUUGAAAUUAGAACAUGUGAGGCCUCCAGCGUUUUUCUUCUUUCUUGAGAUUGUUUUGGCUAUUUGGGGUCCUUUAAGAUUCCAUAUGAAUUUGGGGAUGGUUGUUUGUGUUUCUGCGAAAGACCACUUGGGGUAGUAUAAAUAUUUUAACAGUAUUAAGUCUUCAAGUCCAUAAACAUGGGAUGUCUUUCCAUUCAUUUGUGUCAACUUUUCUUUCAGCAGUGUUUUGUAGUUUCCAGUGUACAAGUCUUUUACUUCUUUGGUUAAGUUCAUUCCUAAGUAAUUUAUUCUUUUUGAUGAUAGUGUAAGUUGAAUUGUUUUCUUAAUUUCCUUUCUGGAUUGUUCACUGUUAGGGUAUAGAAAUGCAACUGAUUUUUGAAUUUUGAUUUUAUAUUGUGUAACUUUGCUGUAUUUGCUUAUUAGUUCAACAGUUUUUGUGUGUGUAUGUGUGUGUGUAAUGUUUAGGGUUUUCAACACAUAAGAUCAUGUCAUCUGUGAAAAGAGAUAAUAUUACUUCUUUCUUCCUAAGCUGGAUAGCUUUUAAUUCUUUAUCUUGUGUGAUUGCUCUGGCUAGGACCCAAGUACUGUGUUGAAUAGAAGUGACUAAAGUGGGUAUCCUUGUCUUAUUCUUGAUAAUUGGAGGAAAAGGUUUCAGUUUUUCACUGUUGAGUAUGAUGUUAGCUGUGAUCUUUUCAUUAAUGAACUUUAUUAUGAUAAACAGAUUUGCUAGAUAUAGAAUCCUCAACCAACAGUUUUUUUCUUUAUGCACUUUGAAUAUAUCAACCCACAGACUUCUGGUCUCCAAGGUCUCUGAGAAGAAAUAAGAUAGUUUCAUUGAGGAUCCCUUUUAUAUGAUGAGUUACUUCCUCUUGUUGCUUUCAAGGUUCUUUGUCUUUGGCUUUUGACAAUUUGAUUAUAAUUUGUCUAGAUUUGUUUAUCUUUGUGUUCACAGGCAUACCUUGGAUAUAUUGUGGGUUUACUUCCAGACUGCUGCAAUAAAACAAAUGUUGCCUAAAUUGGAUCACACGAAUUUUUUGGUUUCCCAGUGCAUAUAAAAGUUAUGUUCACACUCUACUGUAGUCUGUUAAUUGUGCAAUACCAUUAUGUCUAAAAAACCGAUGUGCAUACCUUAAUUUAAAAAUACUUUAUUGCUAAAAAAAAAUACAUCUGAGCCUUUAGCAAGUCACAGUCCUUUUGCUGGUGGAGGGUCUUUCCUCAUUGAUGGCUGCUGACUGAUCAGGGUGGUGAUUGCUGAUUUGGGGUGGCUGGGGCAAUUUCUUAAAAUGAGACAACAUUGAAGUUUGUUGUAUUGGUUGACUCUUCUUUUCAUGAACAAUUUCUCAGUAGCUCUCAGUGCUGUUUGAUAACAUUUUACUCACACCAGAACUUCUUUCAAAAUUGGAGGGACUUCCCUGGUGGCGCAGAGGUUAAGAACCCGCCUGCCAAUGCAGGGGACACUGGUUUGAGCCCUGGUCCACGAGGAUCCCACAUGCCACGGAGCAGCUAAGCUCGUGUGCCACAACUGCUGAGCCUGUGCUCUAGAGUCCGUGUGCCACAACUACUGAGCCCACUUGCCUAGAGUCCGUGCUCCGCAACAAGGGAAGCCACUGCAGUGAGAAGCCUGUGCACUGCAACGAAGAGUAGCCCCCGCUCCCCGCAACUAGAGAAAGCCCGUGCACAGCAACAAAGACCCAACACAGCCCAUAAUAAAUAAAUAAAUAAUUAAUUAAUUAAAAAAAUUGGAGUCAGUCCUUUCAAACCCUGCUGCUGCUUUAGCCAAGUAGGUUUAUAUAUGUAAUAUUCUAAAUCCUUUGUUGUCAUUUCAGCGUUCUUCACCAGGAGUAGAUUCCAUCUCAAGAAACCACUUUCUUUGCUUAUCCAUAAGAAGCAUUCCUCAUUCCUUAAAAAUUUUAUUAUGCAAUUGCAGCAAUUGAGUCAUAUCUUUAAGCUCCACUUGUAAUUCUAGUUCUCUUGCUAUUUCCACCACAUCUGCAGUUACUUCCUCCACUCAAGUCUUAAACCCCUCAAAGUCACCCAUGAGGGUUGAAAUCACCUUCUUCCAAACUCUUGUUCAUGUUGGUAUUUUGACCUUGUCCCAUGAAUCACGAAUGUUCUUAGUGGCAUCUAGAAUGGUGAAUCGUUUCCAGAAGGUUUCAAUUCACUGUACCCAGAUCCAUCAGAAGCACCCAUCUCCAUCAAGUCAUCUUCUGUUCAUUCUGUUAGCUCUUAAAUUUCUCCAGGAUCCUGUUUUGAAACCCUUCAGCACUUUUUUGCCAUAUCUACAAUCUCUUUAAUCAUUUCCUUGGUCGGCUCUGUUGUAAGUUCUGUGGAGUCAUGCACACCUGGACACAGUUUUCUCCAGCAGGAAUUUAUUGUUUCAGGCUUGAUGGCUUUCAUGGCUUUUUCUUUUAACAACGAUGGUGUCUUUAAUGAUGUAAUCCUUUCAGACUGUAAUGAUGUCAUCCUUUCAGACUGUAAUGAUGUCCUCUCUCUCUAGGUUCUCUUGCAUAGCACUGACAGUCCUUUCCGUAGAGUACCAUGUGGAAUGAGCCAUGUGGAAUGACCCACGGCUGCAGGGGCUGAGUUAGAGAUGGUAUGUUGGGGACAAGUAGAUCACUUUGCCUCCUUCAUUGUUGAACUCAUGGGGUUCUGGGUGGCCAGACGCAUUGUCCAAUAUCAAAAGAACUUUAAAAGGCGGCCCCUUGUUGGCAAGUUACUUCCUGACUUCAGGGACAAAGCACUGAUGGAACCAGUGCAGAAAGUGUUCUCGUCCCGGCUGGUGUCUAUCUUUUCCCUUCAAGGUUCCGUGUUAGCAGCUUCAUAGUUGAGGGCAGCCCUGAUCAUGAACUCCACCGCAUUUGCGCAAAACAGUAGAGUUAUCCUGUCCCUUCUUGCCUUAGAUCCUGGUGCUUGCUUCUCGUUGUUACUAAUAAGUGUCCUUUGUGGCAUUGUUUUCCAUAAUAGGGCACUUAAACAUCUGCAUUAAAAACCUGUUUAGGCAGAUAUUCUUUCUCAACAAUUUUCUUAGUGGCAUCUGGGGAAGUCUGCUGCCUCUUGGUCGGAAGAAGCUGUUUCUGCUGUUAUCUUGACAUUUUUUUAGGCCAAACCUCUUUCUAAAAUUAUCAAACCAUCCUUUGCAGGCAUUAAACUCUCCAUCUUUCCAUCAUUCAAUUUUAAGUUGUCACAUAAUGACUUUGCUUUUUCUUGAAUCAUUAAAGUCUAUAGAUAUGCCUGCCUUAGAGCAACCUUGCAUCCACAUAAAAGCUGCAUUUAAAGGCUAAAAAGGGGGACUUCCCUGGUGAUCCAGUAGUUAAGACUCCGUGCUCCCAAUGUGGGGGGCCCAGGUUCGAUCCCUGGUCCCACAUACUGCAACUAAGCCUGUGCGCCGCAACGAAGAGCCCACAUGCCGCAAGAAAGACCCAGCGCAGCCAAAAUAAAUAAAAUUUUAAAAAGGGAUUAAAAGGUAUGUAUUUUGUUAAAAGAGCAAGGUUGAGCUAGUAUGGUUAUGGCUUGAGAAAGAUUGAAACAGGUAUGGGAACAUGCAGUUACAGUCUAACCCAGUAGGUAACAUCCAUAGGCUUGUAGAUACAAUUGACAGUGACAUGGGAUUAAGAGAAACUGGUUAUAGAUAAGACCAAGGGGUCUCAGCCAUCGUGAACAGACUGGAGUUUCUGGUGACAUAUCCAACAGUCAGAAGGGUUUUCCCCUUUUGCAAUGGAUUGGGACAUAUGGACAAGAGCAUUGCUUUUCCAAGAAAGGGGGGAAAUAAGGUAAGAAACAAGAGCAAGAAAAGGGUAUACAGGCCUGGUCUCAUCAUUUUGGGAAAGCUGUCUCCUUUGGCUGUCAUCUGCUUCAGUUGUUGGAAAUCUUCAGGGUGAGGUCACCAGUUGGUGUGCAGGUCCCAUAAGGGUGUGAGGCUUUCUUUAGAUGAGACACGUGGAUCCAGGAGUCAACUCCUUGGAGUUUGGUGGCGCAAGGAUUGGUCAGUUACGCUUGAUAAAGGCCUUUCCAGCAUGGUUGAAUAAAGUGUUCUGUGGAGAUGUCUUUUCCAAUAAAGAAAUCUCCAGGCUGCAAAGUGUGGCGUUUGACGUCUUUAUCUUUAAAAGGAUU